CCACAGCGCUGGCAUGUCUGAGCGGAUAGUUGACUUUCUCCAUUAAGUUACUUCAGAGCAAACCGGCUCGAGUGCCACAUCACAAAGCGCACUGAAUACAGACGAAACGAGAUGAUGUCCUUUGUGUUGGUGGUUCUUGUUCUUUCCUCGAUUGUUUGGUGUGCUCCGCCACCUUGUCACCCGGAAGACGAAGCCUUAGGACUGUGUCCGGAUAGAGAAGUUCAAGUUCCAGUUCAAGAAAAAGCAUCUUGUACAGACAUUCUGCUGGGUUAUUGUGAUGACAUGUCCUACACGAAGACCAUGUUUCCCAAUUUGCUGGAUAAUAAAAACAGAGAAGAAGUGGAACUUAGUGCAGAGUAUGUACUUCUAAGUGUUGUACACACUUUGUUACAAGGAGAAUGCACCCCUGACAUCAGAAUGAUGGGAUGUUCCAUUAUUGCCCCUCGUUGUGAAAAUGAUAAAAUCCUCAAACCUUGCCGCAGCAGCUGUGAGACACUGCGUAAAAACUGCAUGCAUGCGUUUGAAGCUAUUGAUAUGUCAUGGCCCUAUUUUUUGGACUGUGACCGAUUUUUUGUUGGUGAAGAGGAAGGAUGCUAUGACCCGCUGGAAAAACUGAGGGGAGGAAAUGAGUUUACUGUUGAUAACACAACGCCUGGACAGCCUUCCACAAUUAUACAAUUUACUUAUCAUUCUCAUUCACAAAUGAUGAAUGUUUUAAAGAAGACUGCAGCCAGAUGCUCUGAUAUUUCAAGAACAUACAGUAUUGGUCGUAGUUUUGAAGGGAAAGACCUUUUGGUUAUUGAAUUCUCUGACAACCCUGGUCAACAUGAAUUAUUGGAGCCUGAAUUUAAGUAUAUCGCGAACAUGCAUGGAAAUGAGGUCCUUGGACGGGAGCUUUUGAUUUAUUUAGCACAGUAUUUGUGUUCCGAGUAUCUUUUGGGAAAUGGUCGGAUCAGGACCCUAAUAGACAACACCAGAAUUCAUCUACUUGCCUCAAUGAAUCCAGAUGGAUAUGAAAUUGCCGCUGCAGAGGUAGAGGAGCCGAAUGAACAGGAAACUGAAGGUCAUAGGUACAACGGAUGGACAAGUGGGAGAGCAAAUAGUCAAAAUCUUGACCUGAAUAGAAAUUUCCCAGACCUCACAUCCAUUGUUUACCAGAGAAGAAGGAACAAGGGAUAUCGCACAGAUCAUAUUCCCAUUCCAGACUCUUACUGGUUUGGUAAGGUGGCUCCUGAGACUUAUGCUGUAAUGAAAUGGAUAAGAUCAAUCCCAUUUGUGUUGUCUGGAAGUUUACAUGGUGGAGAAUUAGUUGUGUCCUAUCCCUAUGACUUUUCAAGGCACCCAGAGGAAGAAAAAAUGUUUUCACCUACUCCUGAUGAACAGGUGUUCAAGCUUCUAGCCCAGUCAUAUGCUGAUGCACACCCAGUUAUGUCACAGAAGUCAAUAGACAGAUGUGGUGGAUCCUUUGCUGAUAAAAAUGGCAUUAUAAAUGGUGCCUUGUGGUACAGUUUCCCGGGAGGAAUGUCAGAUUUCAACUAUUUGCACACCAACUGUCUUGAGAUAACUGUGGAACUUGGCUGUGACAAAUUUCCGGGAGAAGAGGAACUUUACACAGGCUGGCAGGAAAAUAAGGAAUCACUUUUAACAUUUAUGGAAAUGGUUCAUAAAGGAAUAAAAGGAAUAGUAAAGGAUGAAGCAGGAAUAGGUAUUAAAGGGGCACGUAUUUCAGUUAGAGGAAUCAGACAUGAUGUCGCAACAGCUGAAGAUGGAGAUUAUUGGAGGAUGUUGCCAGCAGGUGUCCACAUAAUUACAGCUUCUGCAACAGGAUAUUCAAAGGUGAUGAAGAAAGUUAAUUUGCCAGCAAGGCUUAAGAAAGCAGGGCGUGUGGAUUUUAUUCUAAAAGCUGACGUGGAUGAACCAGGAUUAUUUGUUAAAAACUUACCCCAGGAUACGUAUGAUCGAUUUGAUCCUUACAAUCAGUUUGACCAUUAUGAACGUGGUGCAAAUCAAGAACCUGGAGAAGAUGAAGAAAGAGAACAAAAGCCAUGGUGGUGGUCCUAUUUUGCCUUUUUAGGCAAUAAUGCUCCAACUUGGCUUCUAAAGAACUUUUAAUCCAUAAGAUUAUUUUUUUGGUUUAUUGUCCUUCAAAAUUUUAAUAAAGAAUACUGGCAAGUAUGAAUAAA